AUGAGAAUUGUUAUAGAGUUCUCAGAGGCGGUGUGCAAAGAAGAUGAUUCAGUUGCCUAUGGUGGAUUAGUGAAAGCUCCCAAAGUUCUCGCUGACCUCGUCGAGUCUGUAGCUGGAGCUGUUUACAUCGACAUGAACUUUGAUCUGCAGAGAUUCUGGGUGAUCUUCAGGGGUCUUUUAGAGCCAAUAGUUACGCUGGAUGAUUUACAGCAGCAACCUCAACCUAUCAGUAUGAUGUUCCAGUUAUGUCAUAGACACGACAAGCGAAUCGACAUCAGGUACUUGAAAGAUGGCAAAAGCGUUGUUGCUGGUGUAUAUCUCAACGACGAGUUUUUCGCUUCUGGUCGUGCUGAGCAUAGAGAUACCGCGAAGCUUAUCGCUGCUAAGGAAGCAGUACGGAAGCUCUCAGAGUGUACUCCUAUUGCGAUGGUUAUUGAUGAGGGUAGUGUAGAGGUUGAGCUUGACAAUGCCAAAAUGAAGCUGUAUGAGAUUUGCUCCAAGAAAAAAUGGCCUAAACCGAUUUACAGGAGGAUCAGUAAACAGGAGGAGAUUUGUUUGUUCAGUUAA